ACUAUCGAUUAAUUCGAUUAAGUAAUGAAUUGGAAGCUUUGCUAAUCCAUGAUCCAACUACCGAUAAAAGUAGUGCUUCUUUGGAUGUUUGCGUAGGAAAUCUCUCGGAUCCGUUUUUAUCAAAACAUAGUGGCCAUUCCAAUGCUUAUACAGGAUUAGAUAAUACAAAUUAUUAUUUUGAAGUUGGUUAUGAGUUUUUAGAGGAACAUAAAAAAAAUCGUCAAUCUGAUCCAUGGCGUUUAUUCCAACUGGAAAGGUCUUUGUCUGAUCCAAAGCAUCCUUAUUCUCGUUUUGGGUCUGGAAACUUGUUCUCUUUAGGGGAUAUUCCACGUCAAAAAGGUUUAGAUAUAAGAAAUGAAUUAUUAAAAUUUCAUGAAAGAUAUUACUCGGCCAACUUGAUGAAAUUGGUCGUUUUGGAUCCUUUGGAUCUAAUGGCUUCAUGGGUUGUCGAUAAAUUUUCUGCUGUUAAAAAUAAACACAUUCCAGCUCCUACAUUUGAAGGUCAUCCAUUGACUCAAAAUGAAUUAUUGCCAGGAAGGUAUUUAACCCAUUUAAUUUCUCAUGAAGGAUAUGGUUCUAUUUUGUCUCUUCUCAAAAAAAAGGAAGCUGGUUCUGUUCCUGGAGCUGUUGGAUUUGAAUUUUUUAAAGUGUCAAUAGACCUAACAGAAUCUGGAGUAGAUCAUUAUAAAGAGGUAGUAAAAGUCGUGUUUCAAUAUAUUAAAAUGUUGAAACAAAUUGAAUAUAAUCCUAAACUUAUAGUUGAAGGAUUAAAAUGUUUAGAGUGGGAUAAGUUUGUUCUCACUUUGGUUAGUCCGUCAUUUACUGGCCUAGAUCAAAAAGAACCGUGGUAUGGAACUGAGUAUAAAGUUGAACCUUUUAGCAUGGAAUUCAUCGAGGAAUUGAAAAAUCUAGAAAUUGAUCCCGAGUUAAACAUUCCACCCCCUAAUGAAUUUAUUCCAACAAAAUUUGAAACGCAUAAACAUGAAAUUGUUACGUCCUUUAGCAUACGCGCCAUCACCAUCGCACUGUAUAAAAACCAGGUGAAUAACUUGACUGAAUAUUCUUAUAACGCUGACCUUGCUGGUUUAAGAUACGACAUUGACACACAGCGUGAGGGAAUACUUUUGACAAUAAAGGGAUAUAAUGACAAGCUUCAUGUGCUCUUGAAAGAUAUUGUGGAUGCAAUGAACCCAAAAUUUAUUAUUUAUCCAGGCAGAUUUGAAAAAGUUAAAGAACGACUCCAAAGAGCAUACAAAAAUACUUUUCUUGAUCCUCCUCAUCAUCAUGCUACAUAUUAUCUUUCAUGUCUAACACAAGAUCAAAUGUGGACAAAUAAAGAAAAAUUGGAUGCAUUAGAAGAUAUUACAGAACAAGAUAUAAAAGCUUUUUAUCCAGAAUUAUUUAGUCAUUUGCAUAUUGAAUCAUUAGUUCAUGGAAACAUGUUUAAGGAGGAAGCUUUAAGAUUGUUGCAAAUCGUUGAGGAUGUUUUACAACCUAAACCUCUUUUACCAGCAGAGUUAAUUGGUUGUAGAAGUAUAAUGUUACCAGAGGGGAAAAGAUAUUUAUAUCAACGUGAAGUUCUAGAUCCAAAUAAUGUUAAUUCUGCGAUAGAAUAUUAUGUUCAAGUAGGAAAUGUAGUUAAUAAAAGGUUACGAGCAAAAUCAAGCUUGCUGGCACAGAUUAUGCACGAGCCAUGUUUCGAUCAACUUCGAACCAAAGAACAAUUAGAAUAUCAAAGGCAAAUUCAAUCUCUUAUCACAAAAAAAUUGGAAAAACCAAAGAAUCUUUAUCAAGAAGCUCAGCGAUAUUGGAAUCAUAUUGAUUCUGGAUAUUAUGACUUCAAUCAAGUUGAAACUGACGUAGCAGAAUUACGUGAAAUUACAAAACUCGAGCUACUCGAGUUUUAUAAACAAUUAGUCCAUCCAUCUUCACCCAUACAAAAAAAAUUAUCGGUUCACCUUCGAUCACAAAAAAACAUUAAAAAAUCAAAACCAAUAGAUAUUAAUCAUCUUUAUUCAUGUUUAACCGCUCAAGGUUUAACCACAAUAACGAUCGAAAAUUUACAAACUUUCUUAUCUUCCAAAGAAACAGUAGAUGGUCAAGAAUUGGAAACAUUGCUAAAACAAUUUUUAAUCGAUCAAAGCAAGGCUCAAGAGAGAGAGAUUGAAGAAUUGAUUAAGAAUGUUGGAGAGUCUUAUUUAAUUGAAAAUUCUGUAGAUGAAGAGAAAGUCGAAUAUGGUAAUGCUACAGAUGUAAGGCUAUUAGAUUUAAGACCAGGGAAUGAAAAAAUUGAAGAUAUUUAUGUUUGGAAGAGUAACAUGCAAUUGGGUCCUGCUCCAACACCAUCCAUAAGAUUAAAUGAUCUGAUGAGUAAGUUAUAA